ACAUUUCACCUGGGCUCCCCGGACCUAAGGGUAAUACGGGGACUAUGCCAAAGUCCUCAUAAAUCAAAGAGCGGAAUUGCAUUCGUUAGUGUCUAAAUAACAUAAAUUCUCUUUUUCUUUGAAAGUCCUCAUUUACCACUUGACCUGAUUUUGAGUGUAUCCCAGUGUAUCAGAACAGCGACGCCACUGCUGGGUUCUAUAUUGCAGUUUCAUACACAUUUCUGAUACACACGGUGCAUUUUGGCGGGCUGUCUUGUGAUUGGCUGGUUUACGCGCGUGGGCGGGGCCAAACGGAAGUCGGCUGGAAGCUCCGCCCACACAUGCCCGGAGCAUGGCCGAGAGACGUCGCUUGUUUAAAACUUAAAUGGACCACACCUGGGAAGCAGCAGCUAGAGUCAUGGACUUACUAGAGGAUUAAAUACAUACAGGCUGUGACACCUGUAAACCGUAAACAUGCAGCGGCGUAGACGCAUUAAUCCAAAGGAUGAUGCAAGAUUUUAUGUUACUGCUGAAAGUGACAAAGUGGGACUUGACAUCAAGUACAUCAAUGCUGUAAAAGGCCGUGGCAUCUUCACCUCUGUUCCAUUUGAAAAGGGAGACUUUCUAUUGGAAUACAGAGGUGAUCUAAUAAGCAAGCAAGAAUGUGAGAGGAGACAGAGAAUUUACCAUGACCUCCUCAAAGUGUUUAUGUUCGAGUUCCAUUUUAAUGGAAAACUGUGGUGUGUUGAUGCAGCAAUAGAGAAUGGGUCACUUGGCAGGCUUGUAAAUGAUGACCAUAUAAACCCUAAUGCCAAGAUGAAGUACCUUACUGUGCAAGGGAAGCCCCAUCUCUGUUUGUUUGCAGUUCGAGACAUAAGUCCAGGAGAGGAGAUCACCUAUAAUUAUGGUGACUCAGACUGGCCGUGGAGAUGCAAGGCCCUUGAUGACGGAAUGGCUCCAAAGAGUUGUGAUGCCACAAAUGUCCCAUCCACAAUUGAUGAGACUGAAGAGCUGACCACUGAGAGCAAGUGCAUCCAUACAGCUGUCAACCACCCAAAUCAGACCAGUCCAGAGCUUGGCCCACUCACCAAGGUUGGAGAGGUAAAUUAA